AUGGAAUUCUUGCACGUGUUGGGUCAACCCUUUAGUGAUACAACUAUUGAGGCUUAUCAGUAUCACACUUAUCAACCAUAUACAUCGAAUUUAAACUAUAAUGAUGAAAUAAGAAUUAAUAUUCAAGAUCUAGAUGCUUAUACUUUACCAUGUAACAGUUACAUAUACAUAGAAGGAAAAAUGUUAACUGAUGACAAUAAAGUUCCUACAAAAUUUCAAUUUAUUAAUAACGGUAUUUCGUAUUUAUUUAGAGAAUUGAGGUAUGAGUUAAAUGGUGUUAUAAUUGAUUCCGUACGAAAUAUUGGUUUAAUUUCAACUUUGAAAAACUACUUGUCGCUUAAUGAAAACCAGAGUAAACUCUUACAAAAUGCUGGUUGGUUUCUAAAAGAAGAUAAGUUGAAAAUUGAUACGCAUGGUAAUUUUAAUGUAUGCAUACCGUUAAAAAUUUGGUCUGGCUUUUUUGGAGAUUUUCAAAAAAUUAUCAUUAACAUGAGACAGGAAUUAGUCUUGAUACGAGAAAAAGAUGAUAUUGAUGCUAUUAUUGCUACAGAUGAAACAGAAAAACUAAAAAUUGAAAUUAAUAAACUUUAUUGGAAUGUACCUCAUAUUUUACCUAAUAUUAGCGAACAUUUGCGGCUAAACAAAAUAGUUCGUAGUAAUACGGAACUACCUAUAAAAUUUAGAAGUUGGGAAUUAAUUGAAUAUCCCACUUUAAAUAAUUGA